AUGGACACCGAGAGCGAACAUGCGCAGAGCAUACAAACAGUCCUCGAAAAAGCAAAUUUCACCUAUCUCUGCUCUGAAGCCACCAAAAUUCGCCAACGAGAAGAGUCUUUAAAUGCGCUCACCUGUUCUGUCAACACUACAAAGUUCACCAGCGGAACAUACAACCUCGUGAUUGCGUUGACCUUUUCAGACACAAUCCAAUGGGUGGCGAGAAUCAUGCUGCCGCCAUACCACAACGAUGAAGAUGUUGCAAAAUUGCUUUUGAGCGAAAUCGCUUCUAUGAACUUUGUUCGCUCUAAAACGACCAUACCCGUACCCCACAUCUUCGGGCACAACGUCACGAAGAAUGACUUCGGCUGUCCCUAUAUGUUAAUGGAAGGGCUCCCCGGGACCGUUCUAGGACACAGAAUGGCCCUCUCAAUACCCGAUUCGCAUAAGAAGAAAUUCGCCGCUCAACUAGCCCGCUACGUCUAUGAACUGAGCGUACUCCAAUUCAGCAAGAUCGGAUGUCUCUGGUACUCCGAGUCCGGCGAGCUCGAAAUCUCACCAUUCCAGAUCUCAGGCUCUUGGGUCAAACCUUUAUCAACCUCGUUGGAAUACUUCUAUCUAUUCCGUAAAGGCCAAACAAGGGAGAUACACGAAGAACACAAAAGCGAAGCAGAAUGGGAAGCAGCGGCUUGGUUCCUCGAAAAAUCGCUGACGUCGAUGGUAACGGAAGAGCAUGUGUAUGGCCCGUUCCUAUUGUGUCAUCUGGAUUUCCAUUACAAUAAUAUGCUCGUUGAUGAGGAUUUCAAUAUCACCGCCAUACUCGACUGGAGUAAUAUCCAGACUGUGCCGAUGGAGCGGUUUGCUGUGAGUCCGGAAUUCAUUGCUCCGCCUGCUGCGCCACAAGAGUAUAAACAGGCGGUCUUUGAUUUCCGGGAUAUUUUUGUUGAUGCGUUGGCAAGUAUUGAAAAAGAGAGCGGAGACUCCUCAUCUGAUAGGGAAAUGUCGUUAUCCCGUCUGUUCGCAUACCCUGUAACUGAGGUUGUUUUUCGAUGUACUUGUAGCACUGCCCGCAGGGCUAUUUUCGAUGCUCGGCUCAUACUCCCUUUGACUUAUGGCAGAGAUGCCAAGUGGGAAGAUUUCAAGAAAUUCUUCAAUGGGCAUUUGGCAUGA